AUGGACUUCUCGAGAUACGGAGCGCCGAGCAAGGAAUGGCUCGAAUUUAUCGCUCGCGACCCGGCUGCGGCCAAAGAUGGGUUCAGCGGCAACGAUAUCCUGGAAGCCUCGCAGCUCCGCCAGGCUGUGAACACCAAUCGUGAGGUUGCCUCUGAGAAAUUGAUGGCCGAUUCGGGUCUGAAAGAUCGGGUUGACGACUCGACGCUUUCCAUUCCUUCUCGUGCUAGCCACACCAUUCCGUUACGCCGAUAUUCACCAGUCGUCCAGCAUGGACAACGACAAGAUCCACGACAGGGCCUAAUAUAUUUUCACGGCGGAGGGUUUUUAUUCGGAUCAGAGAAGUCUGAUGAUUACCUCUGUGCCAAUAUGGCUGACUCGCUUGGCGUGGUUGUUUUGAGUGUCAUCUAUAGACACACGCCGGAGUGGUCCCAUCCGGCCCCGCACGAGGAUACCGAAGACGCCAUGGCAUAUAUAGAGAGGAGUUUGCCAGAUCUAGGCAUUGAUGCAACUAAAGGACUAUCUGUUCUGGGCAUCUCAGCUGGUGCUGGACUCGCUGCGGCUGCGGUACUUCGCGAUCUUCGGGGGCAACGCUUGAUCCAGGGCGUGACACUGAGCAUUCCCUGGCUUAUCCAUGUGGAUAAUUAUCCAUUCAAUAAAUUCACCUCUUCUGAUAAGACUGCUCAGAUGCAAUGCCGCGAUGCACCGGUGAUUCCAUGGCCUCGACUGAAGAUGUUCAGUGACAUGCUUCGUGCAGACGCCGCCGACCCGCUGCUUAACACGGCAUUGGUGCCCGAUGUGCAGCUAAGUAACUGGCCGAAAACAGCAUUUGUGGUAGCUGGAAUGGACCCGCUGAGAGAUGACGGACUGUUAUUCUCUAGAAGGCUGGAAUCACUGGGAAUUCCUACAGGUGUCUAUGUUUUUCCAGGCCUUCCCCAUGGUUUCAGAAGAUGGCAAGAUCUCCCAGCCACUAAGGUGUUUGAUGCACGGAUGCUGGAUUCCAUUCGCUGGACGUUAGGGCUGGGAGGCGCUGAAGGGAAUGAGAUCGAAGGAUGGCAUGAGUACAAGGAAAGCUAUGUGUCUUAA